CAAAAUGCAGCAAACCUAAUUUGGCCACUGUCUCGAAGCCAGUUUGAGAACACCCAAUUCUCAGAAAGAUGGAAUCCAACCGAAAGCAGUGUGGCUGCAUGCUGUGUCCCGAGUGCGAGAAUAUUAUUCGCGCUAAGGUGAGACUGUGGCUGCAGGAGCAGCCUUUCUCGACUGAGGUCGAGGAUCAGAAUUGCAAGCCCGAAGCAGCCAGAGAAGCCGGCUUUUCGGGGGUCCCUCUUCUUGCGGCUAAAUACUCGGAAGCUGCCGAUGCGGUUCAUGCGUACGCUUAUCGCCUUCUGGAAUGUAAAUUGGACAGCGUCGAGUCGACGGACAGCGGCUCAAAAACUGACACGUCCGUUGUUGGCUGCUGUUCCGGAAAAUCCAUUUCUGAAGAUGGGGACACUUCUGUCUCCCAGGUGGAUGACGGAGACUUUCCAAUAGAUCCCCUAUCAAGCCCUUCUCAAGCUGUUGAUUCUGGAAGUAUUGAUAAGCCCCUUGAUGGUCUUUGAAGAACUUGACGUACAUCGACUACUACGAUGCUUCGACGACCACCCACUGCGCCACUGCCUUACCCCUAAGCCAGGAGGCACUAAAUUGUGGAGUCGUAUAUGUAUAUAUGGUGCCCAAUAAAUUAAGUUCAUUGAUUCAAGAA